UAUCGAUGUACAGUAUUUUUAAUGAGCUACUUAAGACAGUGCCACAUUUGAAUUUUACAACGAAUUUUAUCAAAACAUAGCGAUACGUGAAAGUUUAGGAUUUUAAAUCUUACAGUAUUGAUUUAAAAAUGGAUUUUAGUGAUAGUAAAGUCAAUACAGACCUGUAAACAGAUGCGCCGAGGUGAUAUUUACAAAAACACAGAAAAUGGAAUACGGAGGACACGACUAUGGACAUGAUAUACCUGAAAUUCAGGAUUUCUUACAUAGACACCGUGCGACAUCACACGGGCGGCGUAAGACGGUGCACGUGGCGGAACGUGGCCGAACAGCUAUUGGAUUAUUACGAUUGCCAGCAAGUCCCGGGCGUAAAACGUACAUGACAAAACGGGCGUCACUGACGCCAUCUCCUACUGUCAAGUUCUCAUUUCAUUUCGAAAAGACGACGUCACAUCGUCUUGUUAAAUACAAAAGUGCACCAUUACAUUAUAGACAUGGAGAUACCGAAUUAAGACAUACAUUGUAUGCUCCUUCCGAUCAAAGGAGGGGAUCUUUCUUGUUGUCGAGACGGCGGUCGGCCGCGUUUAGUGUUUCUGCAGGUGAAGAAGAACUAAGAAAGAAACGUCUGCUUGCCAAAUUCAGACUUGCCGCCAAGUUGGCAAUAUUUUGUUCGAGGAACUUCAAGAAACAUUGUCUCAGGAUUAAUGAAAACCAAGAUGAGCUUGCUCCUUACAUUAGGAGAUUACACUUUCAUGAAGAUGAUAACACCGACGAUUUACUUAUCGAUCUGUCAAAGUUCAAGGCCAACAGACAGAUGCGAAUUCCAGAAGAAACAAAACGUAUUUUGUCGAAGGAAAUUUCACAUCGAACUGAACAAGAGAUCUACCACGUUACCCUGGCAUUACGGAACAUCAAAAGCUUCUCAGAGUACCCAAAACGCAUGCAACAGAAAAUUGCAGAAGUUGGACUUUACGAAAAGUACGAGUCUAAAAGAAUGAUUGUACGACAAGGACACCCAGCGUCCGCUUUCUAUUUCAUCUUAUCUGGAGCAGUUGUUGUAAUGGUUAUGGACGAAGAAAGCAAGUAUGCAAGGCCGGUAGCUCAUUUAUACAAGGGGCAAACUUUUGGGGAACUUGCCAUUAUAAACGAAUCAAAGAGGAAUUCUACUGUUAUUGCCAAGGAAACGUGUGAGUUCAUGUCUAUAUCAGUACGGGAUUACCACAAGAUAUUUAUGGCUGGAGGGGUGAAAAACAUUAACGAUCCGGACCAAGAAGUCUUCCUAAAGAGCCUAACCUGUUUAGCUUCAUGGCCAAUACACAUUCUUCAAGAAAACCCAAACAAGUGUCAGUUUUUAUUUUUCAAAAAUGGUGAGGUUAUUGUAAGAGAUUCACAUUAUUCUGACUGGGUUAUAAUUAUAAAAUCGGGGAGCGUUCAAGUGCUGAAGAAACUUAAACGGGUGGAAGCAUUCGAGUGGAAAAGAAAAAAAGCAAUAGAAUAUAUGACUGGUAGUAAGAAACGUGAAGUUGUUCUUCAAAGAACGGAAUGGCGCCGGAUUUUACCUGAACUAGGAAUACCUUUAAAUCCAAAUGAAGAAGAAGAGAAUUUUGAAUACUAUAGUAACGGUAAACCUGUUCCUUUCGUUCAUCCUGAAGAAAAUGAUGAACAAACACAUGAAGAACAUCCCGUAAAGAAACAGCCACAGAUACCGAACCUUUGGCCUUUUAAGGUUGACAUAUCUGAGAUAGAAUCAGGGCGCUACCUUGACGACAACCGUCAUACUGGUCUACCCUUCCGUACUCUCUCCGUUAAUACAGACACAGUCGAUGAUAAAUGGCAGGGGAGAAAACUCAACCGAUUAACCAUGAACAAUAAACUAGGCAAACAGAGAGGAAGAAGCCACAGUGUGGCACAUGAAGAAGAGAAAGAGUUGCUAGGAUACCAGCCACAUAUACGUACAAUAAUGGAAGAUAUAAACUCGGGGUUAAAACGAAAGGAAAGUGUAGAAGAAAUAAACGCAGCAGACAUAAAUCCAGAAUUUGUUCAUGUUCAAACAUUGACAAAGGGACAAGUUUAUGGUCUAGCAGAUGUUAUACUGAAAGAUCAACCGAGUUUCUCAGUUGUAAGUCAUGGUGCGGACUGUUUACUUAUCAACAAACAGUUCUAUCUGGAACAUGCUUCUGAAAAACUACUUAGAGAUAUGAGACAAGAGCUUUGUCCCUAUCCGACUGAAGAGGAACUACAGGAACGGCUACAAGUUAGCGUGGACUGGCAAGCUUUCAAGAAGACAUUGCUGCUACAGUCCGUCGAGAAUGUAUCAUCUAGAAGAACAAUGAGAACAACAAUAAAUGGAACAAAAACACAAGAGGCGUUUGUGUACUAGAAGGCACAAAAACACAAUGUGCGUUCGCAAAGCAAAAUGUGAUCGUUUCUGGAUAACAUACCGUUGUUUGGUGUUUUCAUUUCUUCUGGUCAUAUGACACCCUGUUAUAUGGUAGUUAACAGAGACUGCAUCUCUAGCUUUAAGUGCUUACUGAAGUGCCCAUUGGUCUCGUCUGUGAAUGUAGAUACUUAAUCGUCUGCUGAUACAAAGAAACUGCCUGUAUUAAACACUUCCUUUGAGACCGAUCAUUCUCGGGAAGAAAUACUAGAACAUACCUUAGACGGUUAGGAGUAUCUCCAUACAGAUACUACCUUUAGAAACAAAGCGUUUCUUCCAAGUUUUCCUAUUCGGUGUCCAAAGUAGUAUCUAGAUAGGUUUGGAUUGAAUAUUGUUUGUUAAAAAGACUUCUCGGCCCAUCAAGUAAUAUCACAAUCUCACAGACAUUGAUUGAAAACUGCAUAAUGUUUCUUUGGAUGCCAGAUAUCAGAAAAGGGCUUAAUUUUCAUUCCAGGGGUCAUCAUAAAUAGUUUUAUUUUCAGGUUAUAUAGUACAACCGUUGGGCCAUUUAAUCUGGUGAAAAAGAACAGCGUAAUACACUAUUAUUGACAUAUGCAGAUAAUAAAAACAACAUUUUAAGAAGGAAAUGAUUAUUUUUUAUAAUUAUUUUCAGUACACUGCAGUGAUUCGAAAACGCAAACACUUUAUUGAAUUUACAAUAUUCAUUUGUGUGUACGUUCAAUGUGUUGUAUUCAUCGGCCAGUAAUCUCUCAAGGAAGAUUAUAUUUCAUGUUAGGGUGAUGGAAUUUGUAUUACUUCAAUACUUUAAUUUAUUGUAUUUAUUGAAUUUAUUCAGUUACUAAUUGUGUUGGAUGUGGCUAUAGUAGUAUUCAAAUUAAUUACAUGGAAGAAUAGAGCUACUGAGAAAAUGCUCUGUAUUUUGAAAGCAGAUGCUCAAUUUUUGACCACGUCCUAUGUGUUAGUAGUGCUUGUAUCACUGUGUUAUUCAUUUCGAGAUGUGAGCGAAACUGUUCUAAGUGUUUCUUUAUCUAUAUGCGCUUAGACCACUUUCGUUCUGAUCGCACGAUUUAUACUGAUAAUAUGUACUUAAUGGUUGCUAAACUCUUACAUUUUUUGUGUUCCAAAGUCAACUUGAAAAAAAAUGUUCACCAUCAAUGAAAUGUUCAAUUCGCUAUUGAAAUUAUCAAAUAAAAUAAUACUUCCGUA